UUCAUGUACCAUCUGACAUAAGUUUAAAGAAAUACCCGAACAGAUAAACAUUUAAGUGAAAUAAAGAUGUCAUUUGAUUUAAAAUCUUAUAUUGAAACCUACAAUCCACACCGGGAAACUGUGGAUUAUCUCAAAGGUAAAUCUGAAGCAAAAUCAGAUGAAAGGUAUGCGGUGGAAACAACACGAGAAGCAGCAAGAAAGACAGCUCAACAAUAUGGAGGACAUGUAAAGUUUAACGGGACAGAAAACGAACAUUUUAUACCACCUACGACAAACACAGAUACGAUCCCUGUUACAAUUUACAAACCAGAGAGCGAAGUUUGUGACAAAUCUACAGUACCUAUUGUUGUUUACUUCCACGGUGGUGGUAACGUUAUCAAAAGCAGAAAAACCAACGAAAAUGUUUGCAAACUUCUAGCUAGGGAUACACCGUGUAUAGUCGUCAAUGUGGAAUACAGACUGGCACCGGAGCACAAGUUUCCGGCUAAUAAUGACGAUGCUAAACGUGCUGUGGAAUGGGUAUCUGAGAAUAAAAAGGAAGUCGGUGGUGAAUCAGACAGCAAGAUUGGAGUGGUGGGAGAUAGCGCUGGUGGUCGUCUGGCAGCUGUCGUCUGCCACGAUGCUUUUUCACUUAUAGACUUUGAAAUUUUGGUUUAUCCCAAAGUCGAUUUCACAAAAGGCUACAAAUCGACAGAAGAAUUCAGAUUUGGACCAUUACUUCCCAAGAGGAGGUCAGAUUGGUAUGCAGAACAGUACAUUAGUGAAGAAGAGAAGAGCUUACCAAGAGCUUCAGUGAUACUAAAUAAGGACUUCUCAUACCUUCCACCAACACUGAUCAUUGUUGCUGAACAUGACCAGUUGCGUGACGGUUGCUAUGAAUACCAUGAUAAACUGGAAGCUGCCGGUGUGCCAGUCCAGUUAGAGUUAAUUAAAGGUGUACCACACAGUUACUGGAGUUUGCCGGGUGCAUUUAAGGAAAACUGCCAGAUAACAAACACAUUUAUAUCAGACUUUAUCAGAAGAUGUGCAACUUCAUAGAUCUGUGACGAAUUUAAUGUGUGUGUAUGGUUUAUUUACACUCACCAUUGCCGUCGAAAUAUGUACCAUAUGAGCGAGCACAUGUGACAAACUGUUCUUAUAUAUAUAUGUUUUAUAUUCUAGUAGUAGUAAUAGAAGAAGAACUGAUGAAUUCCGAUAUAUUCGAACAAUUAUUGUAAGAGUGCAGAAUUACGUCACUCAUGUAAAUACUGUGUGGCACCAGACUGAAAUAAUUAUGUACUAUAUAUUCAUUUUAUUUGCAAACUUUGUAUGCAUCACGAAAGAUACCGAUGAUCUUUUUAAAAGUGCCUUUUGUGGAAUGUGUCCAAUGGAAUAUUGUAUUAAUUACUUCAAUUAGAUUGAUUUAAAGAAAGUAAUAUACUGUUUGCAUGUUAGUUGCACGCACAUACCUGUACAUACCUAAUUACUAUGUCCGUAUUAUGCGCAUUACGCAGUCCUAUAGUGCUUAUUUAUAUAAUUUACUGAUAUCACAUUGUAUCUAUCUGAUAUCACAAAUCUUUCACCAUUAGCGAAGAUGAUAAUCAACCAUAACAUUUUAUCAACAGAUAUACAAUUACAUAAUUUGAAGUCAUUUCAUCUUGAAAAUAAUGAGAAA